GGCCAGGCCCACUUCCACACUCUAAACACCCCUCCCUUUCCAGGAAACAUACAAAGGCCAUCCCAAAGUCAAUGUUACCUCUCACAUUUGCAUCAUCAUCCUGCUGCCGACCUGACGUGCCCGCUGCCCGUGGCUAGGAUCCUUGCGUCAACGUCUCGACUCCAGGUCGCAAACCCCUCACCUCAAAUCAAACGGGACAACAGACGACUCCUAGACUAGCAUUAGGACUAGAAGAACCCAGAGCACCCUGAAAGAGGGCAGCAACUAUUUACAACUCUGUGAGCAGCUACAUUUUUGGACACAUUCAGCUCGGUCUCGUUCGGCGCCGCAAUAAACGGCCCUCCAUUUCCCGAUCAUUCCGACGGCGACUGCUCGAGGCAUUACGAAACGCGAUCGCCCUCCUAGACCACGACAUUUAAGAGCAUAAGCCAAUACCGAUCCAACAUCCAACUAUUUUUAAAUACUUAAUUUCCACCCUACUGCUCCGCUUCGGUUUUAUUUCGAGAUGGGGAAAUCACAGUCAAAGCUCUCGCAAGAGCAACUAGCCGAACUACAAAAGUCGACGCAUUUCGACAAGAAGGAGUUACAGCAAUGGUACAAGGGCUUCCUCAAGGACUGCCCCUCAGGAACGCUCACAAAGGAGGAGUUUCAAAAGAUCUACCGACAAUUUUUUCCCUUUGGUGACCCGUCCUCAUUUGCAGACUAUGUCUUCAAUGUCUUUGACAGCGACAAGUCGGGCACCAUUGACUUCAAGGAGUUCAUCGUAGCCCUGAGUGUAACCAGUCGCGGCAAGAUGGAGGACAAGCUUGACUGGGCUUUCCAGCUCUACGACAUUGACGGAGACGGCAAGAUCAGCUACGACGAGAUGCUCCAGAUCGUCGAGGCGAUCUACAAGAUGGUCGGCUCUAUGGUCAAGUUGCCCGAGGAUGAGGAUACACCCGAGAAGCGCGUACGAAAGAUCUUUCGCAUGAUGGACAAGGACGAGAACGGUAGUCUCGACAUGCAGGAAUUCAAAGAGGGUAGCAAGAGGGACGAGACCAUCGUGUCCGCCUUAUCUUUGUACGACGGCUUGGUCUAAGUUGAUGCGAACGAGUCCAGCCGCUCCUGGCAUUCAGUCUACCCAAGACACAGAAUCAGCGGGUCCUGCUUCAUAUCCAACUCGGCACGGCUUCUUUGAUGACCGAUCUACCUACAGAAUUUGCCAUUACUCGAACUGGUUCCUGCGUCACGAACUUUCACGAGUCACCAGGAAAUCCCCCAGGAUAUACUUGAUCGGCGCUGAUCCAUGAGAGCCCCCCUCCCCCUUUUCUCUUUUAUUUUACUAUUAAAAAAUCGUGUUUCCAGUUUCACCUAUGUGCUCCUCUCUUUUAUCUUUUACUUUUUAUUUUAUUUUCUUGUGUCUAUAAUUUUAUCCAAACUUCUUCUUUCUCGUGCCCUUCAUUACGGUUUUAUUACUGCCGCUUGAGGGGUGAUGAAGAAUCGGCAGUGAUGUAGGAGUGUGAAGGCUAAGGGAAGGUCAUGGAAAUGAACAAGCAGGCCAUGUUAUUGUAGGCUCCAAUAGCUAAUACCUCUGAUUAUGGCUAACCCCACGGUGAGAGCCCGUUUUGAUCGUA